AUGGAAGAAAUUUGGCAGGAAUAUGCUAUCAUCCCCGAAUGUCAGGAUCGGUCAUACUCUGAAAAAGAAUAUACAACUUCUCGGGAGGAGAAGAUGUGGGAUCCGAAUGUGAAUGUGGAGGGUUGGUUCUAUCACUAUACUCUGGUAGCCCGAACUGCUUUAACAUUGAAGCAGCAACAUGAGGGCAUUCCAGACACGGAUGCAAUAGAAAACUCGUGUUCUGAUGUUGCGGAACAAUACAUAUCGGAUGUUCUUCACGACAUCAACUAUGAGCCGCACGAAGCGCUGCAAAUGAUAUGUAUUCAAGAUAUACCGCAGAAAGUCCUUAACAAAUGGAAGCCAGAGGAUAUGGAAGAUUUUACCCCCUUCUACUACGUGUGGAAACGAAGCAGUAUGGCAGAAGCUUGGAGAAAGUCUCGUGCGAUAAUUAAAGCCAAAAAACGUAAAAUGGAGGAGGAACGUCUUAGGAAACAGUCGAAUAACAAACCUCCUUGUAAUCUGUCGAAUGGCAGAGUUAUAAGCAUUACUGUCCUAUACCGUACCGUGCAAAGGAGUAUUGGCCAAUCAGCUGGUAGUGGGGAGGCGGACAGCUCAUCCUUCUUCGAAGGGCUACGGGUCCAAAGUACCAAAUCCGUAAUAAAAUUUCCUAUUAGUCCCGCACUUGCAGUCGUAGUAAUAACAUCGGUACCUAGACAGAAAGAUGUCGAGAAAAUCGGCUGCACAUUGUUAAAAUUGCAGGAAUAUGCUAUCAUCCCCGAAUGUCAGGAUCGGUCAUACUCUGAAAAAGAAUAUACAACUUCUCGGGAGGAGAAGAUGUGGGAUCCGAAUGUGAAUGUGGAGGGUUGGUUCUAUCACUAUACUCUGGUAGCCCGAACUGCUUUAACAUUGAAGCAGCAACAUGAGGGCAUUCCAGACACGGAUGCAAUAGAAAACUCGUGUUCUGAUGUUGCGGAACAAUACAUAUCGGAUGUUCUUCACGACAUCAACUAUGAGCCGCACGAAGCGCUGCAAAUGAUAUGUAUUCAAGAUAUACCGCAGAAAGUCCUUAACAAAUGGAAGCCAGAGGAUAUGCAACUCUUCACGGAUGGCAUCAUGAAAUACGGCAAGAAUUUUUCAAUCAUUAGGAGGAAGAUGGUUCCGCAUAAACGAGUAGAAGAUUUUACCCCCUUCUACUACGUGUGGAAACGAAGCAGUAUGGCAGAAGCUUGGAGAAAGUCUCGUGCGAUAAUUAAAGCCAAAAAACGUAAAAUGGAGGAGGAACGUCUUAGGAAACAGUCGAAUAACAAACCUCCUUGUAAUCUGUCGAAUGGCAGAGUUAUGACGCGCAGCGCGACUGCCGCUGCGAAACUCGCUCUCCAAAAUAGCGAGGGGACAGAUAACGACAGUAAGUCGUCUACAUCGACAAGUCCAUCGGAGAAGGACGAAAAAACUUCUAGUACAGCAGAGUCCACGGAUUCUCCGGGGGAACAUGUCCAAAAAACGGAAAAUGGAUUACCCGAAUCUGCUAUCUUGGAAAAGUCUCCGAUGAAGAACAAGCAAAUUUCUGAUAGCUGUGGAAAACAAAGAGCUAAAAGGAAAUUGUCAAUCCCACGCAAAAUCGUUAACUUCGAUGAAAAAUCUGCGGAUGAAGCCGAGGAAAUUAAGUGCGUCCCAGCACCCAUUAUACCGCAGUGGAAAAGACAAAGAAGAAUGAAGAACACGUUGUUUAAUAAUAUUCGAGCGUAUAUCAGUGUGAUUUGCAAUUGCCAAUGUAAAUAGUUAGUUUCAAUUAGAUCUGAUGAACUUUUGUACCAUUUUAUAAGACACAACGAAAGAGCAAAAUAAUUGAAACAUAUUAUCAUUAUAAGUUGUUACGGAUUUUGCGAAAUACUCGGAUAUUUUGGGAAUUGAAGAAGUUGGUGUCAGUACAAGACAGUUCCCUAGUAGUUAAUUUAUAUAGGUGUGCAUUAUUGCCACAAUUAAGCAAUUUUGUAUAAUUUAGUACUUAUAACUUAGUAUGUAUAUCUUUUCAUUUAGAUAUUUUUCUCGACGUGCAAUACACUUCACCCAGUAAGCAACAUCGGAGUGUGAUAUUGUUAGAAUUUUUAUUCAUGUUUGUAGUAUAUGAUGGUCAAGAAAUUGUCGAUGAAAGGGCGAAAGUAAUCUACUGCAUUUUUAAAUAUUCCACUUUUAUUGCAUACGAUCUGUGUCAUUAAAUGAAAUCCUUUGUAAUUAGAUGCUAGCACACUGUAAGCAUGUAACAGCGAGAUUUUCUUGAGACGAGGCGCCGCGUGUUUGGAAUAUGGUGUAUGGAUGUAUGUGUUUCUGUAUGAGAGAG